AUGCUAUCGCCCGGUGCCCGCUUCUGGGCCACAACAGCCCGGGAAUUCACUCCUCCCUUUCUCCGAAAUCUGGCCGAGUCGGGUCUGGCAAUCUGCCUGCACGCCUGCCUCAAUGCCUAUUUUGGGCUUCGUCUUGGGGAGCUUUUCCGCGGAUGCCAAGAUGAAGUGGUUCAAACUUCGGUCAUUGAGACAAUCGGCGUCGUGUACGGCAGCUUGGCACAGAUCACCAUUUGGCUGAUUUCCCUGUGGAGGCCCGGGUGCAGAAUUGUUGUCAUUUACUUGUUUCCUCUUUCUGCUUGUGUGACGAAACGACUUGACGAAGACGGCAAACUUGACGAGUUCCAUAUCGACGACUGCAGUUCAUUCGCGUGA